UCAUCCAAAAAAAAAAAAAAAUCAGAAUCGUCCAUUUCAAAAUCUGGAUUACAACACUUCGAAGCACUUGUCUUCAACCAAAAGCAUACAACAAGUAAAUGAAAUCGACAAAAUUUUGUCAAAUAAAUUAGCGGUAAACUCAGGCAUUGUCAAAGAUUUUCAUUUGUGAGACAGCCAAACAGAGAACAAGAUUACCAUUCGUGACGAGAAUCACAAUCAAAACAAAACUCAAUUUAAACUGAGUACAAAAAUAAUAGUUACCGGAGGAUCCAUCGGAAUCCGGUGUGGCUGCCGGGCUUAGGAGUUUUUGAUGGUUGAAAGAGGGCAGAGAACGAAAAAGGGCAAAAAAAAAAAAAAUCUGAAGGAAAAUGGGAAGCGAUAGGAAGGAAAAGAAAAGCACGAAACGAUCAAAUUACUCGUCUUCUGCCUCUGAAGAUGAAAGAAGGGAGAAAAGGCAAAGGAGAGUACCGGAAGAGGAGAGGAAACGCAGGAAGACGAAUGAUAAGAAAGAGAAAAGGAAAGACAAGAAAUCUUACAGCCACUCUUCUGAUAAAGAGAAGAAGUCGAAGGAGAAGCACAAAAGUAAACAUCACAAAGUUGACCGCCACUCAAAACAUGGGUUCCAAGAGCUAUCCAAUGAUGACUAUUUUUCUAAGAAUAAUGAAUUUGCUACAUGGCUGAAAGAAGAAAAACAUGUGUUUUUCUCCGAUCUUUCGUCUGAGUCUGCACGGGAAUUAUUCUCAGACUUUGUUAAGGAAUGGAACAACCAGAAGCUCGGAUCACAAUACUAUGAAGGCAUUGUGAAUGGACCACGGACUGCACAUAACUGGAAAAUCAAACAGUAGGGAGGGAAGAGAGAAACCUUCAGCUACUUGAUCCCUACUUGUUUUCUUUCAUUUCCACUACUUUUGUAUAUUCUGAUUUGCGGUCUAGUAUGGGAUGAAUUUUGUAGUUUUGCAGUGCACAUUUAAAUAUUUGCAUCAGUAGUUCUGAUAUUUUUCUCCUAGUUCUUCCAUGAAAAUACUAGGAAAGCCUGAGAGUUUGGCAAAGAAGCUAUUUAACCUACAUGCUUUGCUCAUUUAUCAAUCUUCUGGCAUUGCUUUUAAUAUAUGUUAUUAGGGCAUUUGUCUCCAGGGGUUUAUUUUGGAGAGGAAGAGUAAUGGCUAAAGCCAAAGUAAAUUGUCUGAUCAAAAGCACCAAAAAUCCCUACUUCAAAAGUACCAUUUAGAAGCACCCAAGUGCUGUUAUUUCCUUGUAUGUCUGGGCCCUUGGAAGCAGAGGUGCCAGAUUAAGAUGGAUAACCUGUGUUCUUCCUGCUGUUGUGUUAAACCAUCUUAGGGUUCAGUCAAAUGCUUGCUAUCUCAUCUUAAACAUUGCUUCAUCUUUGGUGUUUUGGGUGGUUUCGAGUAGAUCCGCUGCUCACCUUUCCCCCAAGGGGGAAGAAACAUCAACUGGACCAAAGCUUGUUUGUAUUCAUCGAAUGAACUCGUUUGAUCAAAUUGGUUGUGUAAUGAGCUAAGCUCAACUUCAAUGAAAUUCAAUUAAUUU